UAAAGCAACUAGGAUGAUUUAAAGUAUUUAAAAGUGUGACUACACUUUAAAUAUCAACUCUGAAUAAAAUAACACUGUUUUACAUUUAGAAUUUAAACUUGUUAAACUGAUUUCAAUCAAUAUCCCUGUUCUGUUUUUGUAGUAACUAGGAAGUACAAAACGAUAUUGUAGAAAAUGGCGGACGGAGGUAUUGGAUCAGAUGAAUUUGUCAACUUUAAAUGUUGUUUAUGUGAAAAGAAACAUAUAACAAAAGAGGCGGAUAUUUAUUGUGUGGAAUGUCAGGAAUAUUACUGUACACCAUGUACAGACUUGCACAAAUUGUUUUCUUCAAUGAGCACGCAUCAGUUUAUAGACAAGUCAAGUUUCAACACAGUUAGCUUACAGAAAUCGUUGCCAAGUUUUCCAGUUGAAAAAUGUGAAGCUCAUAAAACCAAGCUGCUGGAUAUGUAUUGUGCUGAUCACGAUGAUGUAGCAUGUGCGACCUGUAUAGCUAUAAAACACAGAACAUGUCAACAUAUACAUUCAAUACCAGAUGAAGUUGAUGACUUAUGUAAGGAGAUUGAUGCUGAUAAGAUUUUAGUAAGUAUUGAGCUGAUUUGCAUAAAAACUAAAAUUGAGGAGGCUGAGAGAGCAAAGAAAUUUCUUAUCAAAGAGCUCAAUGUACAGAAGGAGAAGGCGACAGAGUCAAUAAGACAAUUCAGAAAAGAAAUGGAAGUAAUACUGGACACACUUGAAAAGAAUACAUUAAAAAUUUUAGAGGAAAAGUACAAAACUGGCAAAGAGAAACUAGAGAACGAGAUUAAAAACCUACAUAGACAUAUAAAUGAACUCAAACUUUCAUCACAAAAAGUAAUAAAGUCAGUUGGGAAUAAAGCACAGGAGUUUGUCGCUGUGAAAACUUAUCAGAAACAAAUCAUUGAAGCAUAUGAAGCAGAGGCAGAGUCUAUGACAAAUUCAUCAGCUGUUAAAGUUGAAUUUAUUGCUGAUUGGUCAAUAAAGGAUGCUUUGAAAGACUACAAGACAUUUGGAUUAAUUUCAGUGAGUGAUACUGAAAGUAUGAGAGACAACAUGUAUGUUGUGAAAAGCAAGAAACAAGUCAACAUCAAACAUGAAAAUGAUAAGAGGACAUGUAAUGUUAAUGGUUCAUGUUUCACAGAUGAUGGACUAUUAUUUCUAGCUGAUUAUUACAACAAGACAUUAAAGCUUAUAGAUUUGUCCUCAGAAUCCAUAAAAGAUAAGCUAAAUCUUGAAGCAUCUCCAUACAAAAUUUGUCAAAUAAGUAAAAACGACUUUGCAGUAAGUUUGAACAAUAAAACCAUUCAAUUUGUUACAAUGGGCAGCAAACUUACCAACAAACAACUGAAGCUUGAUCAUGACUGUUACGGACUGGCCUACAAAGACAACAAAUUAUUCAUCUCUGAUUCUCGUACAGCGCUCUACAUUCAUGAUAUGAAUGGCAUCCUGUUGCAAAAAAUCACAAGUGAUAAACAAGGCAAUGCAAUCUUCAAAAGUACCAGAGGUAUCAGUGUUAGCAGUGAUGGCAAGAUGAUUUAUGUGGCUGAUGGUAAUAAAGGUUUGAUUGUCCUUGACAUUGAGGGAAAUUACAAGACAACAAUUACUGAUCCUGAUUUUAUUAAUCUAUAUGGAGUUUGUACAGACAAACGAGGAAACAUAUUUGUGUGUGGAUGGGGGCAGUCUAAAAUUGUACAGAUCAAUGAAAAGUCUGCUGUAAAACUGGGCGUACUUGGCAACGUUAAUUGUGGUUUAUCUUGUAGCUUUCUUUUGAAACAUAACAGACUGGCAGUAACUAUUGGCAACAGUGAUACGAUUGAGGUGUUUGAUUUACUGUAAAUCCAAUACCGUGACACCAAUCAAAAUAUUGAUAUUAAACUAAAUAAAAGAUAUGUGGGCUAUUCACACAUUCUCUUAUCACAAAUGUUUAACAACAAAGAAAAAUGUCACAUUCUUUUUAAUGAAAACAUUUUUAUGUCUUUCGUUAAAUUUAAGUCCCAUUGAUGUUUUUUUCAAACAUUCAAUAAUUUUGGAAUAUGUUCUACAUAGUUUACUGUGUAAUACACAGAGGACAUUGAAUGAAUGUAAGUUUAAUACUGAUUUUUUUAAGUAAUUUGGAUAUAAUUAUAUUAUGCGAGCCUUUGGCGAGCAAAACAUUAUUUUAUCCAACAAGUUCAAUAAAUUUAAGAAUGAACUUACAUGAAUGUAAUAUUCUUUUUAUCACAUACCAAAAACAAAGACCAUUAAUUUUAAAGUGAAAAAUAACCCUUUUUAUUGACGGGCCUGAAGUGUAACGCUAAUAUUUAGCGCUCCUUAAAGCUACAAUUGUAAAGCGCAAAUGACGUCACGUCAAAAUAUAUGCAUGACCGUGCAAUACUAUUUUUACGUAGCAGCAAAAGCGGCAUGCGUAUGUGAUAAUGAAGUUUUACUAUGCUAAGAUAAAGAGGAUAUGCUUGUAUUAUAUUUCAAUACUUAUAUUAUGUGUUAUGUAUGUGCUUCUAUGUGACUGUAAGGUUAAAUAGUAUCAAGAGUUCAAUUUUGUAUUCAAAAUAAAUAUGCUUUGAUUCAGACAGACAGACUUGUUCAAAAUGUAUGAAUGAUUGAGGCUUUAUUAAAUUGUAUUCAAUACCAAAAAA